AUGAUUGAUAUAAAAAAAUUAUGGUCAAAAAUAAAUUCGAUUAGUUUAGAUAAAGAUGGCGCUAUUGAAAGAAAAGAAAUUUUUUUUAUAAUUACUCAAUUAAAUAAUUCAACAAUAAAUUGUUUAAUAGGACCUAAUUUUUGGUGUUUAAAUGAAACAACUGAAUUUUUAUGUGAUUUUCAUAAUAAAACUAUAGGUCUAUGUGGUUUUUCAAAUAAACGUUGUCAAAUAAAAAAAGGUGAUGAUUUUUGUAAAUCAUCAACUCAACAACAAUCACCAUUUAAAUUUAAUGGUGGUUUAACUGGUGUUGAUGAUAAUUAUUUUUCUUAUUAUAUAUUAAGUCUUUAUUGGCCACCAUCAAUUUGUCCAUUAAUAUAUAAUGAAACAAAUGAUUUAUUAAAUUAUUUUUGUUCAUUAUAUACAAAUAUAAAUCAACCAGGUCGUGAACGUUUAGUAUUACAUGGUCUUUGGCCAACAUUUUUAACAUAUGGUAAUUAUCAAGGUUGGCCACAAUUUUGUUCAUCAAUAUAUAAUGAUUGGUCAUAUUGUCAUAUUAAUGGAAAUUUAUGUCCAUGGAAAAAUACAACAUUACAUGAUUUUUCACAAAAUCAUUAUGAAUAUUGUUUAUCAAUAGAAAAUAUUGAACAAUGUCUUAUUAAUGAUAGAAAAAUUCUUCAAAAUGAAUAUGAACGUUUAAAAAUUUUUGCACCUGGAUAUUUAAAUAAAUUUAAUUUAUUUAUUAAUCAUGAAUGGACAAAACAUGGUUCAUGUUGUUCAUCAAUAUUUAAUAAUAAUAUAUCCAAUUAUUUAGCUUAUAUGCUUGAUUUAACUGAUAUGUUUACACGACCUGGUAGUUUAACUUAUGAGUAUAUUCAAUAUAAUGCUGGAAAAAAAAUUAAUUUAACUUAUCUUUUAUCAAUUUUUAAUCAAACAGCAAUAAUUAUUUGUAAUUCUAAAUGUGAAUUAAAAGAAAUUGAAUUAUGUAUAAAUCGUGAUUAUUAUACUGGUUUACCAAAUCAAUUAAUAACAUGUCCAUUAGGUGCACGUAAUGCAAGUGAUACAUGUAAAGAUAUUCGAUGUGAAUAUAUAUUUAUUCCAUUACGAAAUAAAAUACAAUUAAAUUCUAAUCAAAUAAUAUGGAAAAAAUUUAUAUUAUUUAUUUUUAUUUUUUUUUUUUUUUUUUAA